CAUCAUUCCGGAGGACGAGUUCACCAAAGAGAAGGCUCAGCUAUUUCGCAACGGCACGUACGAGCCGUGGGGUUCGAACGAGCGUGAGAAAGCGGCCUGGGAGGGAGAGAUGAUGCGCCGCAUCCGCGCAGCGAAAAUUGCGGAGACGAGAGACAAGCAGCACGAUGCUCGCACGGGCAAGCGCUCGUCAGGAGAAGCAGUUCACAAGCUUCGCAGCGAGAACAAGAACACUGCACACGACGGAAAGCAGAAGUCUCAUGAUCAGCAGCGCUCUGGUCGCGCAACGCGAAGCGGCGGGAAUGGAGGCAUCUUUGAUAUAUCAGUUUAGAUGCCUAGAUAACAACUUCGCUGCACUCACUCUCGUUUCAUUUAGAUGUUAUCCGACAGCACUCUUCCAUCUCAAGGCUGUCAUCGCGACAACUGGGUCUAGGUUAUUUCAUUGAAGUUCACUCCCACCUUCCAGACAAACCUUACCCAUCAAACUAACACAUAGGUGGAACUGGAAGUAGCAGGGCCGACUUCGACAAGGUAAAUUCGCGC